UAGCCCUCAAACACCAAGUUCAAACCUCGACCCUUCAUUACUCAUUAACCCUGAUCUCUCUCUCUCUCUCUCUCUCUGAGUACGAUUGGUAAACCUGUUCCGCUUUGAUUUGCUUCAAGCGGUCUCUGUUUCACUCUUUCUUCUCUUUCUCUGCUCUGCUAUGCUCUGCUCAUGAAUUGAUUGGGGCUUUGAAAUGUGUCGUCAUUAAGUGCUUGAUCAUCAAACCCACCAAUACUUUACUUGUCCUGGUGCUUAUUAAACUUCCAAAAGCUGCGAUAGUGAUGACGGAUCUGGAAGAAAAGAGAUCACAGUUCGAGCAUCUAAAUAACACUACUCCACAAAGCCAGACGAAAAGCUGUAGUGAUUGUCACACAACGAGAACACCCCUUUGGAGAGGAGGCCCAGCUGGUCCCAAGUCACUGUGUAAUGCGUGUGGAAUCAAAUACAAUAAGAAGAGGAGGGAACUUCUGGGUCUGAGCAGGGGAAGAUCAAAGAAGGAUACGAAGAAGACGAAGAAGAACAAUAACAAGAGUGGCGAUAAGAGGAAUAGAAGUGAAAUGGAACAAUCGCUGAAGAUGAGAUUGAUGGCAUUGGGAACAGAGAUGGUGUUGCAGAGAUCAGCAAAGCAUAUGAUCAAAUUAAAAGAGGAAGAACACGCGGCUAUACUGCUGAUGGCUCUCUCUUGUGGAUCUGUCUAUGCUUAGAAACCAAAAAAAAAAGGAGAAGAUUGAGAAGCUCUAACCAAUAUAUGUUAUGUAUGUCAGUGAGACCUUUAAAUCGGUUUACAUUUUCUUGUUUAUUAACCCAAUCAAUCUCUCCUGUAUUUUACUGGAAAAUCAGAAAGUUGAUUAAAAGUGAUGGAUUAAUAUUUCUGGAAUCAAUGUAAGCACUAACACAGAUGAUUUGUUCUUGU